CAUAGAAAAAUCGGUUGCACCAUGUGGGCUUCGAAAUUUCUCAAAGGCCGAAAUGCAAGAUCGAUCACAAAGACUUCGGUUGCAGCUGCUGCCUCGGCGCCAACAUCGCAAGCUGAAUUCAGUGCCAACUCACAAGCGUUCUCGGUGGCUGUGACUGAGCUGCUCGAAUGCUUGGACUUUGUACUUGACCAGCUGGAUGAUCAAGGAGAACAUGGAGAUUUGCUACAAUUUCACCUGUCACGGCUUGCUAAAGAGAUAUCCAAGUAUGAAAACUCAAAGGUUAAUGAACAAGCUUCACAGCCAUGGACUGGGGAUCGUGAUCUACUCGAACUACUGCUUGCAGCCUGCAGAUGCGCAUGCUCCGUCUACAAACCAGAUGUCCAUCCUGGACGUGACCUCGUACCAGUGAUCUCUCGGGCCCCUUCGAUCACUGGGACAGUCAAAGCAACUUCGAUAUGGAAAUCGGAAGAUACAAAUACCCUUUUUGUUUCCAUUAGAGGCACGUCUUGCAAGACGGACCAUCUGGUAAACUUUAAUAGGAACCAGAAGGAUUCUGCUUCGGUUUUCGCUUUUCCGGGUGUUAAGGAACAGAUAUAUGCCCACGGUGGCUUCUUGGCUUGUGCAGCGACUCUCCUUCCCUGGCUCACUGAGGAGAUCAUUCGCCAGGUCACAGCCGAUAGGAGCUUAAAAGAUGUAGUUCUCACAGGUCACUCGGCUGGCGGAGCGGUUGCAGCUAUGGUCUUCCUUCACUUUGUUUGCCAUUGCCCAAAUGAACUAUCGAAUGCAAAGUUCUCUCUCGUCACAUUCGGAGCCCCGCCUGUUACUUCAACCAACAUCACUGAGCUAGCACAAGGCCUUCCUCAAUCCCGGCACAUCUACGCUGUAGUCAACGAACACGACUUGGUUCCGAGGGUGGAUCAAAGCUACAUCACAUCGAUCAUCAGUUUGUACCGAUCAGCCUAUGGGCUGCCGUUGUCUGAAUUCAACAGCAGCACGUUUUCAAAAAGUAUUCAAGCAGAUAGAAACCAGGAUUCUGUCUGGAAACUACCUCCGCCUGACUUUCAUGUCGUUGGAAAUGUCAUUGUUCUGAGAGCGAAAAUCAAUUACAAUGCUUUACAGUCGACGUCGAGCCAAACCAGUACAGACGGUACUACGAAUGCACCACCACAAAAGCUAGAUAUUCUACGAGUGUCACCAAUAGAGUUUUGCAAACUGCUGUUCUUUGAAAUAUCUGUACAUAAGAGGAAGAUAUACCUGAAUCGGUUGGAGAGAUUGGUACAAGAGUCCGGGGGAACAGUAUGAAAGUACUCGAGUCUCCUUCUCAGACAUCGUAUUUUCCGUGGCUUACUCAAAAGUUGUAAACUCUAUGUUUCUUCAUUAUAAGCUACCAGUAUAUGGCAGUCCUAUCUUAUCUUGGUAGACCAUUUCGAUCCAAUGUGUUGAAAUAACCCUUUCGGCGAGUGAAUUCUGGUUCCGCCACACUUCUUGUUCCCCCUGCACUAUCUUCGAAUAAAGCUUUUGCUUCUUUGCAAGUUUCAAAAUGGGAUUGGUAACCCCUAGAAGAGAAUACAUCGUCGCGAGCUUGACUGAUCAGAGCGAGAGCCUCCUGGCGAAUCUGGCACCCCUUACAACUGACACCAUUUUCAACUUGACCAGUGGCUGGAUCAUACCAUGG